CCUCUCUAUAUAUCCACCUCAAUCCUCACCCCAAAUGGCAAAACCUCACCUACAAAUCAAGCUCACAAACCCAGCAACAAUGACAAACGAGUCAAUCAAACCCAGCAGCCACUUCUCAGCCGAUCACGGAGGCAGCAGGCACAACAAGCAACUGGACAAAGAAAUCCGAGACAUGGUCUCCGCCAUCACCAACCGAGUCACGGACAUCCAAAAGUCUGGCUCCAUCCACCACGAGGACGAGGACGAAGACGGUGUCAGGAUCAUCACCCUUGCAGGAUCCAACACCGGAGCUACAUUGAGGGGUGAGCUGGAUAAUGAGAACGUUAACAAACUUGCAGGGCUUCAUGGUGGUGGUCCGGCUUUGGGAGAGGCUGAUGGGCUGAGCACUUACGUGAACAGCAACUUCCAGGCCGUGAACAACUCCCUCAUGAUGGGCGGCAGCUACACCACGAAUGACCCCGGCGUUUGCAUGGACAUCAUAGAUGUUGUGGAGCCGCAUGGCGGGCAUCAUGGGAAGCCGGAGAAGCAGGGAUGGAAGGGGAAGAAGAAGGAGAAGGAGAAGGAGAGGGAGAGCUUACAUAGCGACCAGCAUCAUGAUACGGACUGAUGAGCUUAUUAUGUUUCUUUAUUUUUAUGGAGUGGCUUAAUUAAUUACUAAUGAAUAAGAAGCCUUUGUAUGGCUUUCUGGUUUGUUAAGUUAUGAUCAGUUAGUUUCACUUCCCAAUUUAUGUCUUUAUUCUCUGGACCUUAUCUCUGGACUAAAGAAUGCAAAAAUCAUGAGUUUUAAUUUUCUUUGUAAUUUUCUUUGUGGUAUUUAUUUGUUGAUUCUGUA